AAAUCCUGUUCGACUAUUUAUUUGUGCUUGCAGCCAAGAUGGACCCGUUCUCUUCAAACCGAUACCGAUACAAGUCACAUAGUGUCGACUAUCCUUACGAACCACAGUACAAAUAUCAAAAGAGUUGGUUACCCAUACUAAGAGAAAUCUACACGGACCGCAUGGACACCCACACGGACGCCAGACUACUUUUUGAUGCCAUAAAGAAGGGGAAAUACCGCCUGGCCAAAUUUAUACUGGACGCUUCCCCGAGUGAUUUGGCCAAUUCAACAGACUUAAAGGGCAAGAACCCCCUCACUCUAUGUUGUCAGAUCAAGGAACAGAUGCAAAGGAGCGAGAUGAGCCUGCUGUUCCUGGAGAAAGGAACGGACGUGAACUCUCAAGAUGACCACGGACGCACGACGAUGAGUUACGCGUGCGAAACGAAAUGUAAUGAUAUCGUCGACAUACUUGUCAGACAGAACGACGUCGAUCCCGAUCUGGAGGACCUCAAAGGCAAUACACCGCUCAUAUACGGCUCUAUAGUCGGAAAUGAUGUCGCCACGGAUUUGUUGACUCGCAACUUCCGGCGACUUGGGUUGGAGAUUGAUCAUGCGAACAAAAACGGUUUCACAGCUCUCUUGACUGCAGCCAAGCACGGGAACAUCUCUUGUGCCCGAAUCCUUGCCCAGCAAGGUCAGGCUUCGCUCCAUGUCAGGGACAAAGUACAUGGCUACUCUGUUCAAGAAUGGUUAAAACUCGGCGGAUAUACACUCGAAGAUAUAGUUUCAGAGAAAAAAAUAAACCAGUUGAAGUUUAAGCCCAAAUUUGUCAACGCACUCAGCAUCACACGACUCUCAAUUCCAAACAGUUAUAACACUGGUGAUGAUACCAGUGAUAACGACGACCAUCGUGGCGAGGUCGAACGGUACAGUGGUCACAGAGACGAGAGAAGGAGUAUCCACCGACAGUCUAGCUAUAGAGAGGACAGGGGCAGCCGUAGGGACAACAUAGAUCGUAGAGGCAGUCACCGGGAAGACAGGCGAGGCAGCCCGCGUGAUGACAGACGAGGAAGUCCGCGUGAAGACCGUCGGGGCAGUUUCCGACAGGAGCAUCGGAAUAGUCAGAGGGAGGACAAAAGGUCCAGUUUCAGAGAUGAGAAACGAGAGAGUUUGAGGAGAUUGAGAAAACAGCAAAGUACUGAAAAAGAACGUAAGGAAAUGUUAAGCCGGGAGAUCGUCGACCUGAUCGAGUCAAACGGGAACUCCGGAGAGAGCACACUGAUAAUCGACCCGAGUUUACCGGUUUCGAAUUCCAUGCUGAGAAGGAAAAGUUUGAUGAGUGUGAUCGACCCGACGGUACUGAAGAACGUCAUCGUCCUGCCUCCCAUCAACAAGCUGCAACUCGACGAUUCCGACCCUAGCGACACGGACGCUGAUAACACAGAGGUCGACGACUACGAGCAAAACACCGUGCAACGGAAAGAUUUCAUUUGUGCGAGAACCGAUCUCGUGCGUAAUGACGACGAUGAUGACGACAGUGAAACUGUAUACACUAGUAAGGAAGAUGAUCGGGCGCCGAUUUUCUGAAGGGAUAUCUUUCAAAGAUUGGUAUCCUCAUUUUCGGUUAUUACUGUUCACGAUAGGUGGCCGUGAUUGUAUAGAAACACGCGGGUAAUUUGUAUCUAUAUAUAACGUCGAGUGAUUUUUGUCUGAAAACUUCCCACUAAACGCGUUUAAUCAUUCCUUGUAUCCGUGUAUUUUUACAAUGUCCGCCAUUCGUUGAACACAAAACAGACCUUUGUUUCGAAAUGCGAUUCUGAUAUCCGACCAACCUGUCAAUCUCCAACACCAAAACACUAAAAGUGUCACCUUGACAGCUCGGAAUCCACUGACAAACUAAGUAGGCUUACUAUGGUAAUUGACAGUCACUGGAAGAUGUUAAGAACAAUAUAUUUCGGUUAACAAACGAAGAAAUCAAGACAAUGAUUAAACAAUAUAAUAUUUAAAAUGUAUGUGUUUAUGGCCUGUGAUAAUCGGAUGUUAUAAACUGUCGUUUUCGUUCACAGAUGUGACGUGACGCUGACGUAACGUUGUGUCCCGUUCAUUAGACGGCGCCACAAACGGUUAGUUUGCAAUGUUAGCGCAGCAAAAUCGAAUCUUGCUAUCAAGGGAGUUACAGUGGCAUUUAUUCAAUUUAAACCAGAGUUACUGCCCGUCCUACUCGUCCUGUGGUACUGGGUGUAGUGAUUAUUAUCAUACGAAGGUGAGAUACAUCAUUUACAUUUGUGAAUUUAUUUUCAAAAUUCGUUCUAUAUUGCAUAAAAAUAUCUUUUCCAAACAUCGAAAAAUAUAUCAAUCGUUUUUUUUUUUAUAAAAACGUUAAUAUAUAUAUGCAACUCCAAGUGAAUUUACACCUUUUAUACACCGAAACACGUUUUCUCGUAAACUGAUUGUGGUAUUAAGGUGACAAACUGUGAUGUUAGGUACAGUCGGGAACCUUGAUAAUCCGGACAAGUGAUAGACUGUGAUGUUAGGCACAGUCGGGAACCUUGACAAUCCGGACAAGUGGUAGACUGUGAUGUAAGAAGCAAUCGGGAACUUUGAUAAUCCGGACAAGUGAUAGACUGUGAUGUAAGGUACAGUCGGGAACCUUGAUAAUCCGGACAAGUGAUAGACUUUGAUGUUAGGUACAGCCGGGAACCUUGAUAAUCCGGACAAGUGAUAGACUUUGAUGUUAGGUACAGCCGGGAAACUUGAUAAUCCGGGCAAGUGAUAGACUGUGAUGUUAGGUAUACAUCCGGAAAACUUGAUAAUUCGGGCAAGUGAUAAACAGGGAUGUUAGGUAAAGUCGGGAACUUUCAUAAUGCGGACUAUUGGUAAACUGUGAUGUGAGGUACACUCGGGAACCUUGAUUAACCGGACAAGUGAUAGACUGAGCUAUUAUACAUAGUGGGAAACUUCAUAAUCCGGACAAGUGAUAGACUGUGAUCUUUGGUGUAUACUCAGAAACCUUUUACGAGUAAGUAGGCAGUGUUAUUUCGUUCAGUAGAAAGUUUAUGUUACCCACUGUAAAACCUUAAUAGUGUGGACUUAUUUUAUCCGAAAAUCUCGCUUUCUGGAGGCUUUAAUCAAGUGUACAAUAGAUCAUUUUGUUCUUUUGUUGUCCGCUCGAAUAAGUUAUCACAGAAAUGUUAUUGAUAACAUGUCCAGAUUAGUAGGGAAAUUUUAAUACAAUAUAUCAACCACGUGCUACUUUUAUGUUAUGAUUUUAUUGAGAACCAGAGGUCAGACGUAAUAUAUGUAGGGUCGGUAUCUGUAGUGCUGUGUUGUGUCUUACUCUAUAUAGACAUUGGUGACAUCAUCCUUAGUUUAACAUAGAUAUUGAACUUUCUGAAUAAGGCAAGUAUUUGAAAGUAUAUAUUGCAUGUUUUGUAAAACGUGUAUAGAGAUAGUUGACAAAAAUGCCAGUGAAAACAGUACCAGUCACUUCUCUCAAUUAGAUCAUUCCUCGUAACUAACUCUCUGAAAUCAAUGUUAUUUAUUUUGUAUUUAUCCCAAUAAGACAGAUUCAUUGUGAUUAAAAAUAAGUUUUUUUCUAUGAAGACCUUGAUCAUUUUUACUACAAAUGGUUAAUUUAAUGGAAUUGUAUAAUUGCACGUUGAAAAGCGUAAAGGUCAUGGACGAAGGCUCGCGAAUAAAAUGUAAACGGACAAAUUUAUUGCAGAAACAAAGUUGUGGGAUAAACAUAUUCGUUGACUAAAUACAGUUAAUUAUCAUUUCACCCUUUUAGUUAGCUUUUAUAACAGCCACAGCAGAUAAACCUCGCGUCUUUUGUAAAAAAAAAAAAUGAACUCACGAUAUUGGCUGAACACAUCGGGUAACUAACGUCAAUUUUUAUGAAUCUUCAUGCAUUGUUUUGUGGUUUCUUUUUAUUUGUGAAUAUGAAACAAAUCAAUGUUUAGUUUUAAUUGUCUAACUUAUAAACAAUUAUAUAUGUGUACAUUUUCUUACUUGAAAUAUAUAUUUGUGUUGUUGCUGUAUGGUAUACAAUAAUUCUUAACGAAUCGGCAUUGAUUGUAACCUACAAUAAAUGUUACCACUCGGAACUUCUCUUCUGUUAAUAUUUCACUUUAGUAAAUAAUGGUGAAAGUCGUCUUCAGCUGGUCAACAGGCGAUGUUAAUAGUAAAUCAAGAGCUGUUCGAGUGGCAAAUAAAAGGGGAGGUAAGUUUCAUAUUAUAUCUUACGUAUUUGAGAAAUAAGUUUGCAAUGCAACUGGAAAUAUACACGUAUCUACACUUGUGAAUAAAAAAAAAAU